AUGGGCGACGAAGGCGAAGGCCGCCCUCCCUACUCUUCCUAUGCCGUCAGCAUCUACCAACAGGGCAUCAUGACGGGCCAAUUGCCCGUCGUGACGACAGAUCCCAACAAGUUGGAGGAACAGGCCAGAAAGGCCAUGGGCAAGGAGUGCUUCGGCUACGUCUUUGGAGGUGCCGGCGAGCUCUCUACCAUGGACGCCAAUCGCCUCGCUUUUAGGCAGUGGAAGAUCAUUCCUCGUUUCUUGAAGCCAACUAAUCCGCGAGACCUGAAGACUGAGCUCUUUGGCGUGACCUACGAAUCACCGGUCCUUAUGGCUCCCAUCGGUGUCCAGGGUAUCUUCCAUGAAGACAAGGAGACCGGACUCGCCUCCGCCUGCGCAGAGCUUGGCGUGCCCUACACCCUCAGCACAGCUGCGACCUCUACAAUUGAAGAGGUGGCAUCCGUUAUGGGCGACAGUCAUCGUUGGUUCCAACUCUACUGGCCCAUGGACGACGACAUCACUGGCUCUCUGCUGCGAAGAGCAAAGGCCGCAGGAUACAAGGUUCUUGUGGUGACUCUUGACACCGUGACGUUGAGUUGGAGGCCUGCCGAUCUGGAUUCCGCCUACCUUCCGUUCAUAACCGGCACGGGCAACGCGGUCGGCUUCAGCGAUCCCGUCUUCCGAAAGAAGUUCGCGGCGGAGAACGACGCUUUCCCGGGUGACCAUCACACUUGGAAAGACUUGGCUCUUCUCAGGAAGAAUUGGGAUGGGCCCAUUGUUCUGAAGGGUGUGCUAAGCGUAGAGGACGCCAAGUUGGCUGUUGAACAUGGCAUGGACGGCAUCAUCGUCAGCAACCAUGGCGGAAGACAACUCGAUGGUGGCGUCGCCUCGCUGGAGAUGCUCCCUGAGAUUGUGGGUGCCGUGGGCGACAGGCUUACCGUCAUGUUCGAUUCGGGCAUCCGCACUGGAGCGGAUAUCGCGAAGGCGCUCGCAUUGGGAGCUCAAGCUGUCUUCAUUGGUCGGCCAGCCAUCUACGGCCUGGGCAUUGCAGGGAAGGAGGGGGCGAAAGCCGUUAUUGCUGGCUUGCUGGCUGACCUGGAUCUGACCAUGGGAUUGUCUGGCUUCAAGAGCGUGUCGGAGUUGAAGCCGUCCAUCUUGCGCCAGGUUCGUUAUGGCGGGGACGUUAAGGCUAACCUUUGA